AUACAAUUACCAACAGUUUCCGAAAAUGAGAAUCCGAUUUCUGAAGGAGAGGAACCGCCAGAAACUCCAGAAGUGAUUGCAUUGGGUCUUCCAUCUUGGGCUAGCCUUAUCAUUUACCCCAUUGACAUAACAUUCUCUUGUUAUGGUCGACCCUAUGGUUACUAUGCUGACUACAAGAAUCAGUGUCAGAUCUACCACGUUUGCCAACCAGUCACAGAUAGUGCUGGCAAUGUAAUGAGAUAUUUGAAGUACAGUUUUGUCUGUCCCAAUCAAACAGUAUUCGACCAAAGUAGUUUGGUGUGCACUCAUCCCUCUCCAGAAGUGCAAUGCAAUAAGCUUCCUUCACCUAUUAUCCCAGGCCCUAUCCCUGUUGGACCCUAUCCUGGUCCUAAACCAGGACCUAUUCCUGUUGGUCCCCAUCCUGGUCCUAAACCAGGGCCUUCUCCAGUUGGUCCACAACCUGGUCCUUCUCCAAUUGGUCCCCAACCAGGUCCUUAUCCUGUUGGUCCCCAACCAGGUCCUUCUCCAGUUGGUCCCUAUCCUGGUCCUUCUCCAGUUGGUCCUUACCCUGGCCCUUACCCUGGUCCUUACCCUGGCCCUUACCCUGGUCCUUCUCCAGUUGGUCCCUAUCCUGGUCCUUCUCCUGUUGGCCCACAACCAGGUCCUUCUCCAGUUGGUCCCUAUCCUGGUCCUUCACCUGUUGGCCCCUAUCCCGGCCCUUUUCCAGUUGGUCCCUAUCCCGGUCCUAAUCCAGUUGGCCCCUAUCCUGGUCCUUCACCUGUUGGCCCUUAUCCUGGUCCUAAUCCAGUUGGCCCCUAUCCUGGUCCUUCUCCUGUUAUUCCCCAACCUGGUCCUCAGCCAGGUCCUACUCCUGUUAUUCCCCAACCUGGUCCUCAGCCAGGUCCUACUCCUGUUGACCCCCAACCUGGUCCAAAUCCUGUUAUCCCUGUCAAUCCUCCACCAUGUGCACUUUCUCCUGAUGGUACUUCUCCAAUUCCUUGUAGAUACCCAAUGCCCACUAAACCAUGUGAUCUUGUGUCUAUUCUUAACUCUUCAUGCAGUUUCUUCCGUAAAUAUUAUGAAGAACAUCACAAGGGAAACUCUUGGUGA